ACUCUCUUUCUCUCUCGGCUUACAGUAUACACCUAUCUAUCUUCCACAAGCAUCAGAGGUCUCUCCAUCAGUUUCCGCGAUACUAAGCGCGACUGCAGCGCAAAACAUGGCAUCUUUGCGCUCCGAAGAACCGCUCUCCUCUGCCGCGCACCUCUGCGUGUUUCUGUUGGUCGCCUCGGCCUGGAUGGCACUGCCGGGACCCGUGCGCUGUGACAGCGGGGCUAUAAACCGGCGCGGCGGGGAGGACCGUACGUUUGACAUGGGCGGCGGAGACGGAGGCUCCCCGCCGGGCUUACCGACGGAAGGUGACGAGGAAGCCGUCGGAGGGGAAGGCUCACUCCGCUUCAGGCGAGCACUGUCCCGGGAAAAACAAAUGUCCCUGCUCAGCAGCUCGUUCGUGCUUAAAGGGGAUGCGACCCACAACCAGGCGAUGGUCCACUGGACAGGAGAGAACAGCAGCGUCAUCCUGAUCCUGACCAAGUACUACCACGCUGACUCCACCAAGGUGCUGGAGAGCUCACUCUGGAGGUCUACUGACUAUGGGACCACCUACACCAAACUCAACCUGAUGCCAGGGACAACAAUCGUGGUGACCAGUUUCUACAUCUGCCCAACCAACAAAAAAAAGGUGGUGCUGGUGGGUUCAUCCAUAAAUGAAAGGGAUCAAAUGCUGUUCAUCAGCACAGACGAAGGUUCCUCCUUCCAGCGACAGUCCAUCUCGUUCACCCCUGACACGCUCGUCUUCCACCCUAAGGAAGAAGACAAGCUCCUGGCCUACUGCAAGGAGGGCAGGCUCUUUGCUUCUACAGACCUGGGUCGCAAGUGGACUUUGCUUCAGGAGCGGGUGACCAAGGACAAAGUCUUCUGGUCAGUAUCAGGUGUGGAUGUGGACCCCGAUCUGGUACACAUGGAAAUGCAAGAUACGAGUGGAGGUUACCUUUAUGUUACCUGUCUCAUCCAGAACUGCUCAGACAAAAUGGUGACGGCUCAGUUUCUCGGCAAAAUCGACCACAACUCUCUUCUGGUGCAGGACGACUACAUCUUUGUCAAGGUCACCACAGGGAAUCGCACCAAGCACUAUGUUUCCUAUCGGCGCAACGAGUUUGUCCAGAUGAGGUUCCCCAAGUACGCCUUGCCAAAGGAUGUUCAGAUAGUGAGUACUGACGAGGACCAGGUCUUCCUCGCCCUCCAGGAGUGGUACCAGACGGACACAUAUAACUUGUACCAGUCUGACCCCCAAGGCGUCUACUACUCCAUUGUCCUAGAAAAUGUUCGCAGCACCAAGCAGCCAGAGGAGAAUGUCCUCGUUGACAUACUUGAGGUACGUGGGAUCAAAGGAGUCUUCCUAGCCAAUCAGAAGAUCGAUGGAAAAGUGACAACUCUCAUCACCUAUAACAAAGGGCAAAGUUGGGAUCUCUUGGCCCCGCCUAUGACUGACAUGAAUGGCAAGACGAUAACCUGCAAAGCACCGGACUGUCACCUCCACCUCCACCUACGCUGGGCGGACAACCCCUACGUGUCGGGGACUGUCCACACCAAAGACUCUGCUCCAGGUCUCAUCAUGGGUGCUGGUAACCUUGGCUCCAAGCUAGUAGAGUAUAAGGAAGAGAUGUACAUCACCUCAGACUGCGGAAAGACGUGGAGACAGGUUUUCGAGGAGGAGCAUCACGUCCUGUACCUGGACCAUGGUGGGGUCAUUGUUGCCAUCAAGGACACCUCCAUUCCCCUCAAAAUACUCAAAUUUAGCAUCGAUGAAGGACGGACGUGGACUGUUCACAACUUCACCAGCACCUCUGUGUUCGUCGAUGGACUCCUGAGCGAGCCAGGAGACGAAACCCUGGUUAUGACUGUGUUCGGGCACAUCAGCUACAGGUCGGACUGGGAGUUGGUCAAAGUGGACUUCAGGCAGUCGUUCCCCCUUCAGUGCACUGAGUCUGACUACGAGUCCUGGCAGCUCACAGACAUGCAGGGAGAGAAGUGCAUUAUGGGCCAGGAGCGGAGUUUCAGGAAAAGGAAGGACACAUCGUUCUGUAUCAAAGGAAAAAGCUACACCUCAGCUCUCAACACUAAACCGUGUCAAUGCAACGAGAAAGACUUCAGCUGUGACUACGGUUUUGAACGCUCCCAAACGGAAGGCAGUCGCUGCUUCGCUGACUUCUGGCACAAUCCAGAUUCACCGCCAGAGGACUGCCAUUUAGGACAAACCUACGAGUCAAGCACUGGCUACAGGAAGGUCAUUUCUAACGUUUGUGAAGGAGGGCUGAACAAGCAGCAGAGCGCCAAACAGCACAACUGCCCUCUGCUGCCCCCUAAAGGACUACAAGUCAGUAUCAAAGGGCAGAUGUUGGCCGUGGCGCCUGGGGAUGACAUCACAUUCAUUGUCCACCAGGAACAGGGCGACACCAGCCGUACAAAAUACCAGGUGGACCUCGGUGAUGGGGUCCGAGCCAUCUACCAAAACCUGACGGUGACAGAUGAGCCCAUCCAGCAUCGCUAUGAAAACCCGGGCGUUUACAAGGUCACAGUGAAGGCCGAGAAUAUGGCAGGGCACGAUGAGGCUACCAUGUACAUCCAGGUCGCAGCCCCUCUGCAGAAAGUGCACCUGGAAGUGGUUCCCAUCACUGGGAGAAACCAUGAGGUCAAUCUGACAGCCAUAGUUCUUCCAAUUGAAGCCAACCUGUCCGUCUUCAACUGGUGGAUCGGAGAAAACCUGCAGCCCAAGCUGACUCUGCAGAACAGCCUCCUGACUCGCUUCCCAGAGACAGGAGAGUUUUCAGUCACCGUCCAGGCGUCUAAUGGCCGCUCGAUGGUGCAGGAUACCAGAACAGUUCGAGUCUACGAUCAUUUCCAGGUCAUCCCUCUGAGUUUCAGCACAAACCUGGACCGCUUCAACCCAAACAUCCCAGAGUGGAGAGAGGACAUUGGCCAGGUUGUCACCAAAAUAAUCACAAAGAACACUGGUGUCCCUCUGGACUCCCUGGUUACCGUGGUGAACCCAGGCCUCCCCACCACUGCUGACCUGUACGUCCUCCCACUGGACAGCACACCUACCAAGAGGAGCAUUUUUGUAGAUAAGCGUAUUCCCGCCAUCAUACAGUCCUUCAACAGCAACAACGUCAGCUUCGUGGUGCGAGGAGGUCUUCAAGUGCUGGUGAUGCUAGCUGACCCAAACACAGGGCUAGGUCUAAAUGCUAAUGACUCAACAACUACAGAAGCAAAGACUGGCUACCGUGGAGCCGCUGGAAGUCCGGGUGUUUGGGCUCUAGCAGCCAUCUUCCUAAUCGGCAUGAUCGCCACCGGCUCCUUCAUCCUCUACAAGUUCAAAAGUCCUUGGCUUAGGACUGAGGAUGCUUAUCCCCCACUUUUUUUCAGGAAGCUCCCGGGCAACCGCAAUGUCUACGCGCAGAUGCGCAAUGAGAAGGAGCAGGAGAUGACCAGCCCUGUCAAUCACAGCGAGGACACACAGCACAUCAUCCAGGGGGAGGAGUUCAUCGACGACGACCUGGACUCGCAGACUCUAGGUAACGCAGGAGGUAACCAUUCCGGUGUGGUCCUGAGCAUCAACUCCAGAGAACUACAUAGUUACCUGACCAGCUGAUAGCUGCCAUGGUAAAAUGCUAACGAGCAAGCAUAGCUUAGCUGGCUAACGAACACAGGGACUCCACUCAGCCUUCCUCCUUUUCCUCCUUUCCCUCCGCCUCUUCUUGGGACACUACACCUCCGCACAACUCCUGCUUUGGAUGUAAUUCUGUUGGGUUCCUUGUGUUUUAUUUUUGUUUGGGAGUGGUGGUGGUGGUGGGACGGUGGUGGUCACCGCAAAGGACACUUGCUCAGUUGUGUUUAUGAGAAUCUGUGUGUAUGUUGUCUCUCACUUAGUAGACACUCAAAUCAAGCCGCAUGACUCACUGCACUGGUUUCCAUUACCAAGAGCCACUGUAGGUAAAGUGGCCGACGACAGAUUUUAUAAAAUGAUUUUCUAAGCAUUAGGAUAGUAAAAUCUAUCAUAAAAAAACAUUAGAAAAAAGACUCUUCCCACCUCGUUGUUCUCCCUCUUUCUUUACCACACAUGAUAGAAACUCUCUCUUCACAGGCAAUAAUGGUCUCCCAACGGAAUGUAGGAUAUGAUAAGCCCUUGUACGUUUGCAUAUGAGGAGUGUAAGUAUGCAAACACAAGAGGGCAGUGUUGCACUUUUUUAAAAUUCCUACUCACAGGGGAGUAUGUCCACAGAGCAUUAACAGUUUUCCCAGAUCCCACUUCAUCCAAAUAAAUGUUUUCCCAUUUGUAACUCAGAUAUUAAGUUGUGUGUGGUGUUUUAAAUCAGCACUACCUUUUUAGGAGCUCAACGUCUGUCCCAUGGUGCCUAAAAUGGCAGAUAUUUAUCUGCUCAGUGACAUUACCCGUUGUCAAGUUUUAUUUAUUUCCCCCACACACUCUUUCUGGGUAUGUUAAAGCGGACUUGUCACCCUGGAGUCAAACGCCACCAUGGAAGGAAGGUGUAGUUGAUCAGCCUAUAUUAGGCAUAGCCCGAUGUUCAAUCAUGUCUCCUUAAAGGUUUGGUUUGUUGUAAAUGUAAAUAUGUAAAUAUGAACAAUCUCCACUUUGUACAUAUUCCCUUUGACAUGUGUGCGAGUGUUUUACACUACUACCAAAAUACACCAUUUUUGCAGCAAAUCCUCACUGAGUUUACUGAAUUUGAAAAAUUCUCACUGUAUCCAAUUUCCUCAACGCCAUUGCCUGCUUCACAUGUAUCCAUUUUCAACUCGUUCAGUAUAAUCUCAUGAGCAAGAUAAUUUGAUGAUCUUCAUCGUUAACUGGAGAAAAAGUCCUCAUCUUAUAAAGAUACUCACAACUACACAGUGACAACUAUGUAUAUGGAUAUUUUUGAUACACUAAGUUUUUCUCAAUAUGUGUACACACUGGUUAUUUUUUCUGUUGCCUUUUGCUGAAGUUUUUUGUUUGUUUGUUUGCACUAAUGAUGUAAGAAGUGCUGUCGACAUAUACUGCACAGCAUCUGUCUACAGACUCAAAUGAAAGGCCCCGACAGACUUACAGUGCUACCAUUACCACCAAGACCACCCUUUGGUUCGCCUUGUCUUUGAUACAAACAGCAGUUAACGUUCACUUGUUCUCAUUUACACCUUAAUUCAUCUUUUGUACAUAUUCUGCUCAUGUUCAACUUGUUCUUAGUUCUCUAGUGAUGUGUCGUCAUGUAUCAGUGCCCUUAACCUUAACAAAGGGGUAAUUAGGAAUUAUGAUAUUCCAAUAUAUUAGUGAAAGUUUCACACCUGAUGGCACGACCAUGCAAUUUUGACCACACUGGUUUUCUUAUGUUAUUUUUCUCUUUCUGAUGGGCUUGUUUGAUCUUUUAAUUUUUGCUAUUAAAACAAUUGUGUGUCCUAAUCAGGAAGCCUAAUGCACUGAACCUGCAUCCUGAAAUAAAUCACUCCCAUAACUUGUA